UGUCAAUCGUCUAACUAAUAACCAUGACAACUGCUGAGAACAACCUUGAAAGCAUUCCUGCUGACCAGCAAGGCAGCUUCUCUUCAUUCCUCAAGACACUUGCAUCUUUCACUGGUGAUCUCUCAAGCUUGACAUGUCCAUCUUUCUUGUUGGCCCCCAUCUCUUUAUUGGAAUACUCAUCCUUUUGGGCGGAUCAACCAGCUUUGUUAUCUUCCAUUAGUGUCCACGAUAAUCCAGAGGAUAGAUUCUAUGCUGCUAUCAAAUGGUUUAUAUCUUCCCUCAACGGUUCUUUCUCGAGCCGUGUUCCUAAGGGUGAAUGGGAGAAAAAACCUUUCAACCCAAUCUUGGGUGAGCAAUUCUUCUGCUCUUGGGAUGAUGAGACACAGAUCACUUGUGAGCAGGUCUCCCACCAUCCUCCUGUCUCUGGAUUCUACAUCGAAAACAAAAAGUCUGGAGUGAGCGUCAUUGGCCACGAUGGUCAGAAGACCCGUUUUUCUGGAACCCAAAUGAUGGUUGACCAGGUUGGCUACUGUCUUGUCAAGCUUACUCAUCACAAUGAAUCCUAUCUAUUCACCUUACCUUCAUUGUCUGUGAACGGAAUUUGGUAUGCUGCCCCUUAUGUUGAGCUCUAUGGUACCUCUUAUGUCCAGUCUUCGACUGGAUUCCAUGCUGCUAUUGAAUAUUCGACCAAAGGUUGGAUUUCUGGUGAACUCCAUCACUUCAAGGCUACAAUCAAUAGCGAAUCUCUUUCUGGUCCUACUAUUAUUGAGGGUCAGUGGACCGCCAAAUCAACACUCACCAAACACAAAGAAAAAACUGAAUACUUCCUUGACCUCACCAACCUUGUCAAGCCUGAACCAAUUGUAAAGGCUGUAUCAGAGCAGGGUGCACUUGAAUCACGCAAAAUUUGGCAAAAGGUUUCUAAUGCAUUGAGAGCCGGUGACUACAUGACAGCUUCAGCCGAGAAAUCUCUCAUCGAGAACCAGCAGCGUGCUGCCCGCAAGGAGCGAGCAGAGACCAACCAGACUUGGGAACCCACAUAUUUCAAGGCUGCUCCAGGAAACCAUAGCUAUGGUGAUCUGCGUGAAAAAAUCUUGGCAAAAUCCGACUCCAAGUUUGUAGAUACUAUGGGUGAUGGUGCUUGGUUGUACAAAGAUUCAGCAGUGCAAACUGCAUGAAUAUAAAGAUGGUUUUUGUAAAGUGUAUAUCGUGUUCCAAGCAGUUCAGAUUGUAUAAAAUGUAGUUAAGUCUUGUUUAUCUAAGCAGUAUAGAGUAUGAGAGCGUUAAUACUACACGAAGACGAACAGGGCAUGGAAUAUAGGAGAGAAAGUGAGAAUAUUUUUUGCUAUCCGAAACAGAGCGUCUAGGCAUUGUCAUGAAUAAAAUAAAUAUUGAUUAAUUCAGCAAAGAGGU